AUGUAUCGUUACCAUGGCAGUAGGGAUGAGGAGAUGUAUCGUUACCAUGACAGUAGGGAUGAGAAGGUGUAUAGUCACCAUGACAGUAAGGAUGAGGAGAUGUAUCGUUACCAUGACAGUAAGGGUGAGGAGAUGUAUCGUUACCAUGACAGUAAGGAUGAGGAGAUGUAUCGUUACCAUGACAGUAGGGAUGAGAAGGUGUAUAGUCACCAUGACAGUAAGGAUGAGGAGAUGUAUCGUUACCAUGACAGUAGGGAUGAGAAGGUGUAUAGUCACCAUGACAGUAAGGAUGAGGAGAUGUAUCGUUACCAUGACAGUAAGGAUGAGAGGGUGUAUAGUUACUAUGACAAUAGAGAUGAGGAGAUGUAUCGUUACCAUGACAGUAGGGAUGAGGAGAUGUAUCGUUACCAUGACACUAAGGAUGAGGAGAUUACGGUUGAGGAGAUGUAUCGUUACCAUAACACUAAGGAUGAGGAGACGUAUCGUUACCAUGACAGUAAGGAUGAGGAGAUGCUUCGUUACCAUGGCAGUAAGGACGAGAAGGUGUAUAGUUACUAUAACAACAGAGAUGACGAGAUGUAUCGUUACCAUGGCAGUAAGGAAGAGUAG